UGGUUCCUUGGUGAUCUGAUGUGUUCCCUGUAUAUUUAUGUGUCCUUCAUCAUUACCUCUACUUCAGUAGGAGACAUGGUGCUCAUAUCAGUCGACCGUUAUGUAGCUAUUUGUGACCCUCUGCAUUACACCACCAGAGUCACUGAGAGAAGAGUUAAACACUGUGUUUGUCUGUGUUGUUUCUGUUCUGUUCUCUACAACAGUCUCAUAGUAAUGGAUGACCUGACUCAUCCAGACAGACAUAACUCCUGUUAUGGAGAAUGUGUGAUUGUCAUUGAUCAUACUGCAGGAGCUGUUGACCUUGUUUUGACCUUUGUUCUUCCCAUCACUGUCAUCAUAGUUCUGUACAUGAGAGUGUUUGUGGUGGCUGUGUCUCAGGCUCGUGCCAUGCGCUCUCACAUUACAGCUGUCACACUGCAGCGUUCAGUGGCUGUAACCACAAAGAAAUCUGAGUUGAAAGCGGCCAGGACUCUUGGCGUUCUUGUAGUUGUGUUUCUAAUGUGUUUCUGCCCAUACUAUGGUAUUUCUCUUGCAGGAGAUGACUUGCUCACUACCUUCACUGCAUCCUUUGUGUACCAUUUGUUCUUUUUUAACUCCUGUCUAAACCCUAUAAUCUAC